AUGCGGGUGAGACGGUGGAGCAACUUCAUCAAGUUCUUCGGCUUUGCCCUUGUGGUGCUGGGCUUUGCAGAGCUGGUCUACGGCGUGGUCGGUGGUCUCGCAUGGGCGGACUUCGUGGUGGGUGGGGUCACCGUGUGCGUGGGCCUGCUUGGCCUCUACGCCGGCUUCCGGCCAUCCAUCGGCGCCGCCAAGCGUUACUUCUGGGCGCUGAUCGUGGUGGCGGUGCUGAUGGUCACGGUGCUGGUGGUGUACAUCAUCGUGCUGGACCGCGGCUACUGGGAGGAGCUGUGCGAGAAGGAGCAGCUUAAGUUCGGAUCCAACACCGACUGCAAUAGUAACACCACACGAUACCUCUUCGUCGCUGCGGCCAUCGUCCAGCUCGUCAUUACCAUGGGCUGCUGCAUGAGUUGCCUGUGCUGUGCUCGCACCUACUACAAAACACUGGCCCAGGAACGUGGGCACCUGCUGGGCCACGGUACGGCACAGGGCACGGAGCCCGGACCGCAGGGUCCCUACCACACGGCGCCUCUCUUCUCGAGCCGAGCGCCGACCAACGCGACACCCUACAACACCAUCACCGUGCACUCGACAGAUUACCCACCAAUAGACACGAUCCCGCAUCUCUUGCCACCGAGCGCCUACCCCACCGAGCACGCGCCAUCGACGCACUACCCACCACCACCACCAUCAUGCCGCCCGUAG